AUGGCGCUGUUGCCGAGGUCUCCAAUAUUCUUCCGGUUUGGGGAUGGAAAGGACGGAUUUGUUCCCGCUUGGGGCAGCCCAGGAGAAGGCUGCCCUCCUGAAAGCCAGGCAGACGCCCAAAGCGAAAGAGAUGUGCGAAGCAUCUUGCAGAGGAGUGAGAAGGAGCCCUACAAGAACCCAGUCGCUUUUCCUCCAGAGCUGAAGUCGCGGAUCUGGGACUUCUGGGAUUUAAGAUGUAGCUCUUUAUUGUUCCUCUUCUCUUUUCUUCCUCUCUCUCUCUCCAUCCCCACAGCAAAUGUGACCCUGGAUCCAGACACCGCUCAUCCUUGUCUCCUCUUGUCCGAGGAUCAUAAAACUGUCAGGAUGGGACACAAAAUGCAAAAAGUGCCUGACAAUCCGAAGAGAUUCAGCUACUACACUUUUGUGCUGGGCCGUGAGGGAUUCACAGCUGGAAGACACUCCUGGGAAGUCCGUGUGGGAAGUGAGGGAGCCUGGGCUGUGGGUGUCACCAGGGAGUCUGUGGACAGAAAGGGUCUGGUUUAUUUUUGUCCUGAGGAUGGUUUCUGGGUUUUGUUGUAUUCCCAAGGUACAUAUGAAGCUUGCAUUGAUCCUUCUUCUGCUCUGCCCGUGAGUGGGGAGCCGAAGACAAUCCGGGUGUCUCUGAACUGUGAUGGGGGGUGGGUGGCCUUUCAUGAUGCUGACAGAGGGUCCCUCCUCUAUGUCUUCUCUGGGGUCUCAUUUGCAGGAGAGACCCUUUUCCCCUUCUUUUAUGUUGGUGAUGAUGCCCUCCUCACGAUCAGUUCUUAAGGCCGCCAGGAGCCUUCAUGGCACGCCCUACUCUCCAGACAGCAAAGAUUCCUCUAAAACUGACACCUUUUUCCCAGUCAAGGGCCAGUUUUCCCAUCCUGCAGAGCCCCCAGAAAGGUCUCCAAUCACAGCAACAAAAUAAAACAAACCUCUUUAUUAUCAAUUGGUUUCAAGAUUAAAAAAGGAAACUCAAACAGGAAAAAACCCUAUAAAUAAACAUCAAAAAUACCAUCUCCUGGGAUUAAUUUAUAAAUUAUUGCUGAAACAUGAUACUGAAACUGAACAAUAUAAAAUAUUGAUGAAGCGCUGGUCAUGGUAUGUCGAAGAAGAAAUACUAUCACAUCAAUGAGAAGCUUUGUGAUACAUACAAACGAUAUACAAUUCACUGCAAGUCAAAUGUUAAAGGAAAACUAGUAUAAGAUAUAUUUUCAGUGGUAUAUUACCCAGAAAGAUAUACAGACAAUGGGUAAGAACUUUAAUGGAAAAUGUUGGAAAUGUAAAGACAAAGAUAGGACAUUUUACCACAUGUGGUGGAUAUAUGAUAAGAACUAAAAGGUUUUGGAAGCAAAUACAUAUGGAAAUACAGAAAAUACCUAAAACGGACUUUCCAAUGAAUGCCAAGAAUAUGCUAUUGAGUAUUGUACCAGAGACUAUCCCAAAGAUUAUGGCAGAGUUAUUUAAAUACAUGACAGCAGCUGCAGGAGUGAUAAUUGCUUUAAAGUGGAAAGCUGAAGGCUGUCCAGCUGCUGAGGAUUGGAAAACCAAGUUAGCUGACUAUAAUAUAAUGGUGAAAUUAACUAACUACAUUAGCAGAAGAUCAGUCAAAGAUUGUAUUCAAAGAUGGAAAGCUUAUAAUGAGCAAUUUAAUAAAUUGUUAAAGAAAAUAGGGCUAUUUAAAUAAAUGUUAGUAAUUAGUACUUUAAAGUAAAAGCAAUAGACUAGGCAAAUUUUGUCUGACUGAAAAUUGAAUUGUUGGGAUGGGAUUACAGCCAAUGAGAUUUUCGCUUUUUUAUUAAUAUGUUUAAGUGUUGAUACCACAUGCUAAAUUUGUGGAUUGACCCUUGGCACCUUCCUUAUCUAUAUUCCAAUUCCUUUCUUAUUGAAUGUUGUGAAAAUAAAUGUAAUAUAUAUAUAU